UGGGUUUUUUUAGAAAGUCAAUAGUCUGCAAUAUACUCAAAUGAAAAAAAAAAAAACAGUCAUAGGCUAAAACUGCAAGAUGGCUGCCGCAUUAGAUGACAGCAUUUCUUACGGACUAAAGGAGACCCUUGAUCAUGUGUUAAAACGGGAAGUGUUUCCAGUGAUCGUCCGAGUGUGCGAAGAUUUCAUCAACGCGACAAUGGAGGGACGCGCAGUGAUACAUGGCGGCGAAGAGCUGCUUAUCACAGGACGGCGGACCGUGGAGCUUGGUCGCGUUCGUGUGUUGGACGUUUUGGACAAAGAGGCGGCGCGGAAGGCUCACAAUGAUGACUUUGUUGCUGAUAGGAGACUUUUUGUUGGGGAGGAGUAUCUACUUCCACUCAAGGUCCCGUACAAGCUGAAGUUUGUACAUAGGCCGGGAAAAAGUAGAAGAUAUGCAACAGUGUCACAGGUUAUAAAGGACAUGCCUCGGCGACUACACGUGGACAAGGAUGUAAUGUCAGUUCCACCCGGAGGCACUGGUCAGAACAUUCUCAUCCCUCGGGGCACCGUGCUUAACGUCAAACGAGUGUUCUCAUACUCACUCAAUAAAGAGAAGUAUCUCCAAUGUACGUUCGGGACUCAAAACGUUUCUUUCAAAGAGUCCAUGCGGGUAAAAUUUACAGCUGUUGACGACGACUCGGAAUAUACUCUAGUGUAUGUUCAAAAAUCCAAUAUCCUUCCUUCAGUUUUUGAGUUCAUAUGCCCCAAGCAAAACGAUGUUGUUCACUUUGAAAAUGACAUCGCGAGUUGUACAUUGGCCAUUGUAGGAGGACCGCUAGAACUUUCAGCCAUCAUCAAAGCCAAUGUUCUAAUCUGCUGGAAGCGAGAAAAGAAGAUCCAGUCCUACAGCACGGUGAUAAUUCCCGUUUCACUUGAGAAUACCAUAGCAGUCCAACAAAGAAAGUUCGAGGAUGCCAAUUUUAAAGCAAGCUACAUUGAAAAGCGUUACUGUGAAUGCUCGGGCUCCGACUUUAUCGAGACUGGCCUUUUUAUGAUAAAUCCAAAUCAAAUGGGCGUGGCAUACUUGAAAAGUCCGAACCUCUAUGUCUACGAUGACGGACGGGAACGGAUUCGUACUCCUAGAAAGGGGAUUAGAUACAACGUUUCUUCGGACGAAGGCAGCGAGGAUGAUGGUGAUGAUGAUUACUAUGAUAUCGGACCGCCAUUACCAGACAGAACCCCGCACCUCGGAGAUCAUGAACAUAAGAUACCGGUUCAAACGAGGAAAAAAAAGAAAUCAAUAUUCAAGACUAUUCAAGACGAUCUAAAACAUAUUUUCUCCAAAAAACACGCAUUGAAAACCAAAAACCAAUCACACAUAGUUGCACGAGCCGAACACACAACUGAUGAACAUAAAAAUGUUUACAACCUUCACUUGUCACUAGCAGUGCCAAAAGAACAAGAGCGCCAGGAUAACGAAUCUGGAGAUGAUUAUGAAGAUCCGAACUUGGAUGUCGUAAUGGCUGGUAAUUGUUCCGAUGGCUCGGAUAGUCCAGGGGUUUAUGAGAUUCCCGAAUCAAUAGCUGAAACUACGACUAAAACAUCAAUUUACAAAGAUCGCUUGCCACUUGCACUGCCGAAAGAGCAAGAGAGAGGGGACAAGGUUGAGGUUGAGCAUGAUUAUCCGGACAUGAAUGGCGUAAUGGCUGGGAGUCAUAAGCCUCCCGCGAGAGAAGAAUUGCCUUCUGACAUACAAAGUGGUUAUCGUUCUGAUGACUCUGAUUGUUCAGUGGUUUAUGAAAUACCCGAAUCACUGAUUGAAACUAUGACUAAAACUUCAACUAACAAAUACCGCAUGCCACUUGCACUGCCAAAGGAGCAAGAGCGAGAAGACAGCAAUUCUGGAGCUGAGCAUGAUUAUCCGGACAUGCGUGGCGUUGUGGCUGAGAUACAUAAGCCUCUCCUGAGAGAGGAAUUGCCUUCUGACAAACAAAGUGGUUAUCGUUCCGAUGACUCUGAUUGUUCAGUGGUUUAUGAAAUACCCGAAUCACGGUGUGAAGCAACGACUAAACCUUCAAGUUACAAAUACCACAUUCCACUUGCACUGCCAAAGGAGCAAGAGCGAGAAGACAGCAAUUCUGGAGCUGAGCAUGAUUAUCCGGACAUACAUGGUGUUGUGGCUGAGAUAAAUAAGCCUGCCCUGAGUGAAGAAUUGCCUUCGGACAAUCAAAGUGGUUAUCGUUCUGAUGACUCUGAUUGUUCAGUGGUUUAUGAAAUACCCGAAUCACGGUGUGAAACAACGACUGAAACGUCAAUUUACAAAAACCGCAUGUCACUUGCACUGCCAACGGAGCAAGAGCGACAGAACAGCGACUCUGGAGAUGAGUACGAUUAUUUGGACAUACAUAGCGUUAUUGCUAGUAAACAAAGGCAUCGCCCGACCGAACAGUUGCCAUCUCGCAAACGAAGAAGUUAUCUUUCCGAUGACUCUGAUAUUUCAGGAGAUUAUGAGAUUCCCGUAUCGCUGUCUACAGCAAUGCUCAAAACUUCAACUUCAUCCGAUGGAUCGGAAGAACCUACUGCAAAAAUUGGGAACACAUGUUUAAGGGAAAUAUCGCUGCUUUCAAAAGCAGAAACAAAACCACCACUACCAAUACUGUUAUCCAACUUAAGCUGUCCAGUAGAACCAGAGACACUUUCUUCAGAAGACAUUUAUUGCUCUGAUAUAGAAGUAUUAGAAGAUAACAUAUAUACAGAUAUUCCAUUAGGUAACCAAACGGAGCCAGAAUGCGAUGAAGUUUCGGAACAGGACAUAAAUAAUAUACUACAACCGAAUCAGACAGAGGAAGACUUCUAUAAAUUGACAGUAAUGCAGUUGUCGCAAUUGAUGAAUUAUUGCUAUUUGGAACACAUCGCUACGAUAUGUUACGAUAAAAGACUUGACGGCGAAUUCUUUCGUGGCAUUGACCUGAAAGUCUUAAAGCUCGAUCCGUUCAAUGCCACGGGCUUAGAGGUCACUAAAUUCCGCCAUAUCUUACAUGGUUGGAGACCGAUAUUAGAGUAGUACAAUAUACUUUCAAGAUCAUCGAUUUGAUCCAUAUUUCAAUCAAACCUUGUCCAGAAGAACAGUAGCCUACUUAAAAAUUUAGUAAUUAUCGUUCCGAUCACGUCACUCUGGUGGCGGAUCCGUGGUCUAGUGGUAACGCACUUGACUAUCAAUCCAGGGACCGCAGGUUUGAUUUCCCGUCGCAUCACUAAAUUACUAAUCGUCUUCCCGGGGUCGUUAAAUUGGGGUCCCGUGUGAAAGCGCUAUACACUGAUGCCCGGGGUAGCUCUAUCCAGGGUUACAUUUUGUAUGUGCACUAUGCUCCAACAACCUAAAAUGACUAACAAUCUUAACGGAGCUCUCGCCGAAUGGGCAAGGCCCGAGUGCGGGUAUAAAUAAGCUUACACACCCGAUCACUCGGAAAGCCCAGGAGAUUAUGAGAUUCGUGAAUCGCCGACUGAAGCAAAGGCUAAAAAUAUAACUUUAUCGGAUUUAUCGGAUAAACUUCCCUCAAAGAAGUGGGACAUUUUAAGGAGGGACCAACUGUCACUCCCAAAAACAGAAACAUAUCAGACACCAACAGCAAUGCCAUCUUUCUCGAGCGGUUCAGUAUAAUCGGUGUCGCAUACACUCUCUUCUAAAUGAACUUGAAGAUUAGAAGUAUUCGGUUAGAAAUUAUUUAUGCUGUUUUAAAUUUAAACCUUAUUAGAAAAUCGUCAUUGGACAAACUUGCUUUCUUGUCAAAACAGUGAUAUUUGUUAAACUGACGUAACAUGAUACCAAGAUCAAAUAUCCUGUUACGUUAAGUCACGAUGACUUAAAGGUUUCUUGAAAAAAAAAACUUAAACGAAAACAUGUCCUCACCACAUCAUUUGUCAAGUUUUUUCCAUUUUUUUUUCGAUGGCAUGAAUACAUAACGUAUAGUAUCUACUAAAAUUACUCUAAUUUUGUAACAAAUUUCGUUCAAAUGUGAAAGUCAUUAAUCGGUAUCAGUAGUUUAUAACUAUUUAUGAAUAUAAUUUUGGACAAACAAUAAUGGAAGAAGGUCCUCUGUUAGAAUCUUUAUCCGCUUGCACAGAUGCAAAGAUAUAUCGAUAUUUAGCAAAAAUAAGCGUAUUUGAAUUUACUAUGACAUAUACAGUAUUGCUAUAUAUCCUGUUUUAAUGCCUGAAUAAAUAAAUAAUAAAUCAGUUG